AUAGUCAUAAGAAAGUAAAAAUAGUGACAAGAGCUGAUAAUCAUAUAUAGCCAAUAAAUAUCAUCUUUUUCCAAAAAAUAUGCUUGUUGUUUUGCUUGUUGUUUACCGAUAGGUCUGCGGCUUCAGCUUGCUCAUUUUUUGGCUUGCUGUUUUCUUUAGAUUGUAGUCAAGGCCCUAAAUACAGAUGGGUUAACCCGUUUAUUGUAAUCAAGCUUGCAUCGUAUAUCGUAAGGCGUAAAUCGUAAGUGGAUUCGUCGUAACUCGUAAGUAAGUUCGGCGGGCGGCGCCGGCGGGACACCAGGCCGAGGCGUGGUCCCGGCGGACGGAGAGACUGCUGAGGACGGCUCACGGCCCGCCCCGGCGCGGGGAUAUCCGGACAUCAUGGCGCCUUUACUACAGAGAUGUGCCCACUACGGGAAAUGCGCGUUACGACUGUUGCUGUUCCUGCUGAACAACCUGUACUGCAUUCCGUCGUACACUGUGUGGAUGUUCCUGCUGCGGCCGCUGCUAUGGGUGGCCCCAGAGCUCUACUGGAGGAUAGAGGGCGUGCUGUUCCGCUGGCUGCUACACAUGGUCGCCAUGCUCAGCUACACGGCCGGCUAUGAUGUGAUUGAGAUGGGAGACCGGAUCGACCAUCUGGAGCAGGAGAACUGUCUGUUUAUCGUGAACCACCAGUCGACGGCCGACGUUCCGGUGCUAAUGAACAUGCUGACCGCGCACGGACGCGCCGCCGACAACGCCAUGUGGAUCAUGGACGUCCAGUUCAAGUGGAGCAACUUUGGUGUCGUCUCGCAGAUCCAUAGGGAUUUCUUCAUUGAGUGUGGACGAGAAAAGCGGGAUCGUUCCGUUGAGCUGCUGCGUAGCGCGCUCAUCAAAGACUACGUGGGCCUGAACAGAAAGUGGAUCCUGCUCUUCCCAGAGGGAGGCUUCCUCAAAAACAGGAAGCCUGUUAGUCAAAGGUUUGCCGAAAAGAACGGAUUGCCUCAUCUAGAGCGGGUCAGUCUGCCUAGGGUGGGCGCCGCCAGGGCGGUACUCGACCUACGAGGCUCGGGUACGACGCCAGAGCCGACGGUGGACAAACGGCCUAACGGGCACGGCCCGCCGGCGGCGGCGGCAGAGACCAGCGGAGGACAGGGUGACAGCGUCUCGGAGCGGCGCGUGAAGUGGGUGGUAGACCUGACGGUGGCCUACCCGGACCAGGCCGACCCGCUCGGUCUGAUGGCUGUAAUGGCCGGCUCUCGGCCGCCCUGUAAACUCUACUUCUACUACAGGGUGUACCGCAGCGACCAGGUUCCCACGGACCCAGAGGAUCUCACCACCUGGCUCUACCAGCUGUUCUUCGACAAAGAGGCCCAGCUGGACGAGUAUUACCGCACCGGGAAGAUGCCCACGCUACCUCCAGAGAAACACGGCGGCCGCUCGCCUGUACCUCCGCCCCGCCGAAUUCGACACGAUCCGGCGGCCUGGCUGUUGCGCCAUCUGUUCUUCAUCGCCUCGACGGUGGUGCAGUGGAGGAUGAUGGUGGCGGUAGCGGGGGCGGCGUGGUCGGCCGCGGCGGCUGUCGUACCACUCUGGUGAUAGCUCGGAGAGACUCGUGAAGGGAGGGAUGUGUUCCGGGGACGAACGGUGAGCGUUACUGACUGCUGGGGACCUUUUAGGGCUCGGUGAUCAGUGGUGACCUCUCUGUGGUGAUCUGGCUAGGCGUGUUGGUGACCAGUGGGGACAUCUGGUGACUUGAUGUGAUAGGACUUGACUGGUGAGGCUCAGAGCCAGCAUCAUCCUACCGGUCUCUGUGUUAGUCAACGUGUCAAUGCACCGAUGAACCGAGAAGCACGUUAGUCAAUUGGUGACCUGAUAAUUUGACUCGACCUUCUGACUGGUUGUGAAAGACUGGCCAAGGAGGUCGGAGGUGAUAGACCGUCUCACCCGGGACUAUCCGCGUGAGAAAUGGCAACUGCCUCACUAGUCGGUCGGCUGUCUGUUAGACUAUGUGAUAGAUGAUGUGUAUGUGUGCGUGUGUGUCAUGCGUGGUACUCCACGGCGGGAUCUUGUGGCAUUAUUUCCGAUAGAGUCGUGUAUUAUGUAUGUGACAGAGGUAGAUUGAACCAAUCUAUAGGCGGAUGUGGCAUUCGACAGAUGUGGAAUAUGUGAACGAAUGGAGAGGAGGGAGGCCGGGGUCUGACGUACGUCAGUGGGUUUACUUUAGUCAUCGAUCGUAAAAGUGAAGUGGGCAUUUUGGGUGCCGCUCUGCUCGGCUUGUGAGGCGCAAUGUCAGUCAGACUUGUGGGCAGCAUUGUGCGCUUGUUUACUGCAUCCAUUAUGUUGCGUUCGUAUGACGCUAUUAUUAGGUCUCCAAUAUCCGUGCAUUAGGGAGCCGGGUGAUGCACGUUGCUCCCGUCUCUCGGGGGCACCUCUGUUAAACUAUUGUUAUGUUAUUUGCCCGACUCGGGGCAGUCACGACGCUGUUUUAGCUCUUCAUUCCUGUUUGGUUGCUGUAAUGGUGUCGCUCGAUAAUCAUGAGGUCGUGAACGCAUGGCGGUAACGUUCAGCCGUGUGUACUCUGUUUCCGAGACGACCGGCAAGGACUCGGUCGGUGCAGGGUCGCCCUGGCCUAGCCGUGGUCUCUGUGGACUUCGCUCGUCCGACCCGCCGCAUAUACCGACUCACGGGAGACGCGAAACUGCGCGCUGGGUAGUCAUGUAUGCUGUCGAAGCCGUCUCAGCAGACGCCUGCCUCUUACUGCCGAUGUUAGGAGGAGGAGGAAAGCUGUGAGCGCCCCCUGUCCGCGGUCGGCGCUCGGUCUCUCGCCUGCCCCACUGAUCUAGUCCGAACGGCAUUGUCCGCCGGCUGAGCCGCCCGCAGUGCGAACAGCAGCCGUUUUGUUAUCAGCUGCGGUGGAAAUGUAAACUGACAUGUA